UAAAAACAUCAACACGUGCGGUUUUAGUUUUGCUUGCGCUCUGCGGAAGAGUUUUUAAGUUGAGUAGAUUAGAAAAUUGUUGAAGGUAUGAAAGCGAAAAAUAAAAACCCUGUUAAGGGUUCAGAUAGUGAUUCUGUAUAUGAGGACGCAGAGGAGUAUGAUGAAGCUAAGAAUGAUUCCGAUUCUAGCUAUACCGAUGCAGAGGAGUAUCCAAAAGAAUCGAAUAACAAGUCAGAGCAAAAAAAGCGCAAAGCAGAACCGAAUUCCAGCAAACAAAGUAUUAAAUCAAGCAAAAGAGAAGCCGUUGAAGAAGCCAAUAGUAGCGAUAAUAGUGAUGAUGAAAUAGAGGAAGAUCAAGUAGCAUCUAACAAAGACCAGAAAACUAAAACAAAAACUUAUAAGAGCAUGCAAGCAGCACUUAGUGAAUCGGGUGACGACAGUGAUUCAGAGCAGGACGACAUGGAAGCAAAUGAAGUCGAUAAUGCUGGAGAUGAUGUCGAUAGUGAUGCAGAUGACGUCGAUAGUGAUGAAAGUGACAGCGAUUUAGAUACCGACGACAAACCAAAAAAGCAACGAAAACUUCUGCAAACAGCUAAAAUAAAUGUGCAAGGUACCCAAGACGAUAGUGAGAUUGAUGAUGACGAUGAUGAUGAAAAUGAUGAAACUGAUAAGCCACCUCAAGUCCGCAUGCCAGUUGUAAAUCCUUUGAGUUUAAUGCGUAAUAAAGAUUUGCGGAUGGCUUUAUAUCGUAAAAUGAAGAAAGAGAAACAUAAAAAGAAAAUGCAAGAGCGCCGUGCACGACGUAAAGCUGGUUUACCUGCAAAUCCAGGACACACUAUUGAAAGCUUACGUGAAAAGGAUCAAACUCAGAUUACCGAGUUGGCCGAAUCUGACAAUGAGGAAUUACGCAAAGAGCUUGAACUUGACGACUUUAGUUCGUAUUACGAAGGCACUUAUGAGCCAAAAGUAUUGAUUACAUUUGCUGACAAUCCUGUGACAAAAACGCGUAAAUUUGGCUUGGAAUUAUCACGCAUAUUCCCAAAUGCUUUAGUAAAGGUGCGGAAUCGAUCUUCGGUGAAGAACAUUUGCAAAAGCGCUACACGUGAAGCGUAUACCGAUGUUGUUAUUAUUAAUGAAGAUAGACGCAAGCCCAAUGGUCUUUUGGUAAUACAUCUACCCAACGGUCCUACAGCACACUUUAAACUGUCAAAUGUUAAAUUAACGAGUGACAUCAAACGUAAUCAUAAGGAGAUCACCAAACAUAGACCCGAAGUUAUACUCAACAAUUUCACUACUCGUCUAGGUUUAUCGGUUGGCCGGAUGUUGGGUGCCUUAUUUCAUCAUGAUCCCGAAUUUAAAGGUCGUCGUGCUGUCACUUUUCACAAUCAACGCGAUUACAUAUUCUUCAGACACCAUCGCUACGAGUUCUCAAAAGAAGGUAAACGCGUUAAGCUUCGCGAAUUGGGACCACGUUUCACACUGAAAUUACGUUCGAUGCAGGAGGGCACGUUUGAUAGUAAGACAGGUGAUUACACGUGGAUUAUAACAAACAAACGGCACGCUAUGGAAUCCAGACGUCGUUUCUUUUUAUAAUUACAGAUUGUUAUUACAGAUUGUUUUAUAAUAAAAUUAACUUUAUUUAAGUAUUCGCUA